GAUUUUUAUUUGACAUUUGACAGCCUAUAAUACUUUUAUAAAUAUUUAUAUCAUUCUUAACUUAUUGGAUGUAAACAAUUAAAGCGGCGUUUUAAAAAGAUUUCAAUGUCACAAUCGAAUGAUAAUCAGUGGGAGAAAAAUUUCAAAAUACCAAAAAGAAAAUUAGACGAAGCGACUAGUUCUGAUAAUGCCAGUUUUACUUAUAAUUCAGGCAAUUCCUUGGCUGAAAAUUCUUAUUACGAAUAUUAUAACCAGUAUGCGCAAGCACAAUGGCAACAGUCUACUGCUUAUCCUCAACAGUAUUAUGCCUCACAAAGUGGUUCUACCAAUUCAGUAGAACCUAUAACUCAGAAUAUUUAUAAAACUCUAAGCAGUAUCAAAGAGAAACCCAAAAAUUAUAAAAGAGAUAUAUUUCGAGAUACUGUUCCAGAUAUUAAUGAUUCAACUCUCCCAAAAGAAUUGACAUCUCAGUUUCAGCCCUUAUUUUGUAAACUCUGUACAGCUCAGUUAAGCAGUAAUGUUAUGGCUAAACUUCAUUAUAAAUCUAAAAAUCAUGAAAAAAAGGUCAGAAAGUUCCUAAUUGAGCAUGCAGAAAAGACUGGAACUCCUUUACAUAAAAGAGCGAAGUUGACAGCUAUCCCAAAAGAUGAUGAAGAGACAGAUCCCAGAUGGUUUCAUUGUGAUGUUUGUGACCUACCAUUAACAGGAAAAAUGCAUGCUGAGUCACAUUACAUGGGUAAAAAUCAUCAUAAAGUUAUUAUGGGAUACAAAAUGCCCGCUGGUAGAGGUUAUUAUAAUGCUGAAGGAAAAUGGGUUAGAUCAGGCCCGUCAAAGAAAUUAGAACUAAAAGACGGCGAGGAUACUUUUGGACAAGAUUUUAGGAAAGAUAAAAUUGAAAUUGGAGUAGCUGCCAUGCCCGUUUCUGUAGCACAGAGCCAGACUCAAAGUAAAUUUCACUGUUCAAUUUGUAAUGUAGGUACCACAUGUCAGGAACAAUUAGACAUACACUUUCAUGGACAAAAACAUAAGAAGAAAUUACGACAAUUAGGAAUAUAUGACGAUUCUGCGGGGCCUCAGAGCACACAAAGAGAGAGUGCACCUGAUCAAGUGGUUACAGAUAUGAAUCUAUCAGUUUAUCGUACUCCAUCUGGUGAUUACUACUGUCCAUCUUGCAACCUGACUCUUAGUUCUGGAAUUCAGUUUAGGUUGCAUAUUAAAGGCAAGCAACAUAUUAAAAAGAGUUCUAUGAAGCCUUCAUAGAUAUUCGUAAUUUAUUCUUGGAAACAGAAUUUAACAAAAAUACUUAUUUAAUAGGAAUUAUUUCCCAGAACACGGUCAGUUUUAAUCUUCAUUCUCAAGUGUAAAGUUUGAUUGUAAUAGAUCACAUUUAAAAUGAUAUUCAGUUAAUUAAUCUUCUUUAUCUUCUCAUUUAGCAAAAAUUUAAUUUGCGUUGCAAUUUUAUAUAAUUAUUUUUGUAUUCAUCUAUUUGAUUUAAUUGAUGAUUGUAAAAAAGAACCAAAACAUGAGCUAUUAGUUCCUAAUUAGAAGUGAAGAAGGCGUUAGUUACCGUCUUACAUAUUAGAACUGAAUAACAGUUUUUGAUUUGUCGUUUUCAGUUCAGUUUAGGAAAAAUAUAUCACUAUACUGCAAACCAUGGUCCACAAAUUAUGCUUUUCUCAUAUGGGAGGUAGAAGUAAGGAGGACUAACUGUAUUGAAAAGUAUCGACUGAAAGGAAACCAAUAAGUUGGCGCCAUAGUAGCAAGUGGAGAGAUUAUAAAAAUAUCACAAUGAGCUAUUAGAAUAGAAUAGCAAAUUAAAAAGGAAUGAAAUAUUUCCGAUUAGUUGUAGUGCAUAUUUAAGUAUAUUUUACGAAAAUCUAACUAUAUUGAUUAUAAAUACUGCGGAUCAAAAAAAGAUAUUUGAAACAAUAAAUUAAUAAUAAUAAUAAAAAAUGUUUCAACAAAAGAUUUUAAAAAUCAAAUCACUAACCACGUUAGUUUAGAAGUUUUAUAGAUUAUGUUUAUUAAAUUAGAUUUGUUUAUGUUAAUGGUUGAGAUUUCAAAUACUGCACAGGACACGAAACAUAUUAAUUUUUCGAAUCCAACACACACAACUACUUAAAUUACUCUGAACACAUUAUUUACAACCACUACAGCAUACAAUUACACUCUCUGACGCGCGCUUCGAUAACCAAAUUUUCAUAUAUAGAAAUUGAAGGUAAACUGAAACUUUUAACUCGACAUAUAUAUACAGUAAGACCCCGCUUAACGCUUUCUUGUUUAGCGCUGUUUUAUUUUAAACCGGGGACUCUCCCGAAUUUGUGCACAGCGCUAAGUUUCCAAAUAUGUCCGAAACAUAUUUGAAACCGUGUAGUUGGUGUUUCUUGUUUGGUGCGGUGCUAUACGGACACAUAUCUAUCUGGAGAAACGAGUACCAGGAUUUAAAGCCGCAAAGGAUCGCUUAACACUUCUGCUGUGUGGUAACGCAAUCGGAGAUUUCAAAUUAAAACUCCGAACGAAUUAUUCGUUUUGAUUUUGGAACAAGAUGAUCUCGCAAUAAGAUUUCUUAAAUCUAUGAUAUUUAAUCAAUUAACUACAGCUAGAUCCUCAAUCAAAGUCUUUUCCUUACUGAAUUAAUCAGUCAAUGUACCAGGAAAUAGGACUAGUCAUUUUAUGUUAAAUAUGAUGAAAAUAAUCAACCAGAAAGUACCUAUUCUUAUUCUCAAUUAUUAAGCUAGCUAAAUUGGUAACCGUCCAUUAUUUUCCAGGCCAUGAAUAAUUUUCAGUGGAUAUUUUGAAUUGAGUUCCAAGAUGUGUUAUGAGUCAAAAUACUGAAACUUUUGGCUAAUUUGUUUUUCAAAAUGAUUUGAUUAAAAUGGUGAUAGGCAAUCGUCUAAAGUUGUUUUUAAAAUUCAUUAUUGUACUAGAAAUGGUUUUAGUUUAGCAUAUUUUCAUUAAUUAUAGAUAUUAUGUUGUGGUGUCAGCCUCAAAAUUAUUAUAAUUAGAAUGAGUUCUCAUUGGAGUGUAUGCAGGAUUGGCACGAUAAGAAAUAUUGAAAUUACAUCAAACGAAAUAUUUUCCUAUUUUUAAUUUCUUGAAUCUACAGUUCAUGCUUUUUAGUUUACUUUCAGUCUCUGAAGACGAUAAAUUGGUUAUCAAAACGCGCGUCGACGGUAUUGAGUGUUGACAUUUGUACCCCAUACAAGACGGUUCUUCUGGUUUCUACCACCCAUAUUUUAUCAAUACGACUCAGUUUUCUUGGAAAGUUAAAAAUAAAAACAUAUCCUGGAAAUAUUAUAUGUAUGGGAUGUAAUAAAUUUCUUAGACCUUUUGAUAUAUUAAUGCAUCUAAAUCUUUUUGAUUUUAGGACUCUUUUGUUUUAAAAUUAGUUUUUUUAAUAAUUUUUGAAAAAUAAAAUCAAGAACAUUUAGAUGCAUGGAAUGUAAUAUUUAUAUAAACGUGUUAUGGAUCUUAGAACGUUUUAAAAGUGUGUGAAAAUAUUUAAAUUUAUUUUUGUUGUAUAGUUUUUUGUUAUUGUUAUUUUAAUGAAAUUAAUGAAGUUUCUAUUUUAACCCUCUACUCCGUGAAUUAUGAAAAAUUGAAAAAAAAGUACUCUAUGGUUGUUUAGGCUUUAUUUAUUUAUUUAUUUAUUUAUUCAACAAUUUGAUUAAUGAGGCGAGAUAUGAGGUAAAUUUCUAGUCUAGUCGGAUAGAAAGGUACCUACCUACGCUGGGAAAAUAUUCAUUAGUAAAAACCGUCUCUAUCUAGCAAAUGUGUCUAGAUCUUUUCAUUUUGAGGUGUAUGUAUGACGCACUUACUGUGUACAUUUCAGAUUGAAAUAACAUUUUUGGGAAAAUUAAUACAAACAUUUUUUUGCAACAUGGGGUUCUGUUAUUUUUUGCCUUUUGCCGCCCCUUGUCAGUGCCGCCCGGGUGCAUGCACCCCCGGCACGGCUCGGCCCUGUUUCUGAGCAUACGAAACCAUCUAUGGUAUAGCGGAAAAAUGAUUAAGUUAAGUUAGAAUGCAUACGAAACCAUAUAAGGUUUCAUAAAAAAAAGGCCUCCAAUAUGAUAGAAAUAUGCAAAAAAAAUAAAGAUUAAAUAACAGAUAUAUAAAAUAGUAGAACAGCAGAUUGUUUUAUUUUUUUAUCACCUUUUUCAUGUAGAAUAUCUCUUUUGGAUAAUGUAUUACAGACACUGAGCUGAAAUUCACACAAGCGCUUAAAAAAGUGAGGUUAUAACCAAAAUGACGUUAGAUCAUUUACAAAAAAAAUAUUUUCGUAUUACCAACAUAACAAUUACAAUUUCCGGCAUGCUUAUAGUUAUUGCUUGUGCAUUGUAACAUGAAAAAAAAAUAUUAAAACUCUUGAACCAUAUACAUAUGGGUUUAUAUAUGGUAGAGGGUUAAUUGAGCGAUUUUUUGAAAUAUAUUCAUUUGUGUAUCUGUAAAUAAUAAAAUAAAAACAGAGUUUAUUUUAAAAAUAGUAUAUUUAUUUGAUUAUAUUACCAGCUAAUCCAUACAAUUAUGUUUAUGUCACUAAAGCGGUACACAGAAUGAACGUGAACAUGACGCUGAUUCGCUCGUAAAUAUAACCUUAGAAGUGCAUGUAUAUAAAUAAAUUUGAACAGUGAUCAAAGAUUGUGAAUUAUUUAGAAUAUAUGAUAUACUUACUUUACUAUAUGAAAUGUGUAGAGAAAUUUAUACAAAGCGUCAUUUGACACGGCGUUGGUGGGUGAUACUACUCAAUUUGAACAGAAAUAUUAACUACAACAUAUUUUGAGAUAAAUAUAGAAUGAAUCAGGGUUCAUAUGAUCCACUUUUGAACUUAUUGAGCAGAGACUCAACAAAAUAUUCAAUAAGAAAACCUGAUUUUAGAUUAGAUGAGGAAGUUAAACACCAGUUCUAGUCAUGGAAUUUUCGAAUGGUCGAAUGAUUCGAUAUAUUCUACCAAAUUGUUCUAUCUAGUCAACUGCUUGUUUCAUUUUCCAGGGUAUCUGCAACUACAAACUACUUUAAAAAAGUGAGGUUAUGUUCAGCGACGAUUAACGCGCAAAAAGCUGGCUAACUUCGACGUCAAGAACUCGUACAAGCGCAAUAAUUGUGUACGUUUUCACUUUUUUUAAAUAAGUUGAACUAUCUUUGUCAUUUAUGUAUGUCUAGAGCGCGUUAUGCUCCCUUUCAUUCUUUUUACCGC